GUGAGGCUCCGGGACGCUAUGGGACGGCAGGGAAAGCCGGUAAGAGGACGGGUGAAUCACUCAGCGAUGACUCAACGGCCCGGGCCGCCUGCUAUAAAAGAGCAGCGCCGAUGGAGCUGUCAGAAUGACACAGACCUUGAGCCUAAAGAGGAGUUCAGACCCAGAUAUGAUGUCCGGCUGCGUGGCGCUCCUCUGCACCUCCCUCCUGGUGCUCCUGCCCUUGGGAGCGGGGGUGCCCCUCUCCGUGGAGACCAUGAAGAGCAAUGUCAAGCUGAUGGCGCAGACCACCAUCGUCAGGAUACAGAAGCUCACAGAGGAGUUCCGGAUAUCCCCCAACAUGGUGUUCAGCGGCCUGGAGCUGAUCCCGGACAUCGCCCCGGACAAGGCGUGGGAGGGCCUGUCGGCCAUCGCGCAGGGGCUGCACUCCUUCCAGGUGGUCCUGUCCCACCUGCCGCCGGGCGACGGCAUGGCGCAGGUGCACGCCGACGUCCUGAGCCUCCACGGCGUGGUGCGCUCGCUCGCCGCCUCGCUCGGCUGCCCGCUGCACAAGCCCGCCGGCGACGGCCGCCUGGAGGCCUUCCUCAAGACCAACUCCACCUUCCACGUCACCAUCGGCAACGUGGCCCUGGAGAGGCUCCGGCGCUUCCUCGGCAAGCUGGUCCAGAACCUGGACCAGCUCAAGAGCUGCUGACCCUCGCCCCAGCCGGUGCUACUAGUCCUUUUUCUAAUUCAAACCUGUUAUUAUUAUUAUUAUUAUUGUCCUUUUUUAUUAUUAAUAUUAUUAUUAUUGGUAUUAUUGUUAUUUUGUAGUACUAUCAUCCUCUGAUACGAUAUUUAAUGUAUUUAUAAGAAGCGAUAAAAGGUUUCUCGGUACUGUAUUUUAUACUCUAUUUUUGAUAAUGGAGCACUGACGGAGUUUUGUGUGAGUGAAUGAGAUUUGUCGCGCCGCAUUUUCCAUACGGGCCUCUGCGCAUUUUUGAUAACUGACAGCUGUCAAUAAUCGGUCAAUGUUUUUGUUUUUUUUUAAAUGAAACGCGUUCUGUAUCUGCGGUCAUGCCGGGCUUUUGUAAUGUUAA